UGGGCGGUGCCCCUUGGGAGGGACCGCUUCCGGGGCGCAGGAGGCGGCGACUUCCGGAGCUGCCGCGUCCUCCCCGCCCGGGGAGCCUCUUUCGCCGCGAUGGGGAUCCUGGAGAAGAUCGCGGAGAUCGAGAAGGAGAUCGCCCGGACCCAGAAGAACAAAGCCACCGAGUACCACCUUGGCCUCCUGAAGGCUAAGCUCGCCAAGUACAGAGCGCAGCUUCUAGAGCCUUCCAAAGCGGCCGCCGGCAAAGGAGAAGGCUUCGAUGUGAUGAAAUCUGGAGAUGCCCGGGUGGCGCUUAUUGGGUUCCCCUCUGUGGGUAAGUCUACCUUCCUGAGUUUAAUGACUUCCACAGCGAGUGAGGCUGCUUCCUAUGAAUUCACAACAUUGACGUGUAUUCCUGGCGUCAUAGAGUACAAAGGAGCCAACAUUCAGCUUCUGGAUCUGCCUGGGAUCAUUGAAGGCGCUGCUCAAGGGAAAGGCCGUGGCCGGCAGGUCAUUGCCGUGGCCCGGACGUCGGACGUGGUCAUCAUGAUGCUGGAUGCCACCAAAGGGGAAGUGCAGAGAGCCCUUUUGGAAAAAGAACUGGAAUCCGUGGGCAUCCGGCUGAACAAAAAUAAACCCAACAUCUAUUUCAAGCCGAAGAAGGGAGGCGGCAUCUCCUUCAAUUCCACCGUGAUGUUGACUCAGUGUUCGGAGAAGCUGGUCCAGCUCAUUCUCCAUGAAUACAAAAUCUUCAACGCAGAAGUGCUGUUCCGAGAAGACUGCUCGCCGGAUGAAUUCAUCGAUGUGAUUGUGGGGAACCGCGUCUACAUGCCUUGCCUUUAUGUUUACAACAAAAUUGACCAGAUCUCCAUGGAAGAGGUGGAUCGCCUGGCUCGGAAGCCUCACAGCGUGGUGAUCAGCUGCGGCAUGAAGUUGAACUUGGACUAUCUGCUGGAGAUGCUGUGGGAAUACCUGGCCCUCACCUGUAUCUACACGAAGAAAAGAGGCCAGCGGCCAGAUUUUUCAGAUGCCAUUAUUCUUCGCAAAGGGGCUUCAGUAGAACACGUGUGCCAUCGUAUUCACCGGACGCUGGCCAGCCAGUUUAAGUACGCCUUAGUUUGGGGAACCAGCACCAAAUACAGCCCUCAGCGAGUGGGACUCAGCCACAUGAUGGAGCACGAAGAUGUCAUCCAGAUAGUCAAGAAAUAAGGCACCGUGGCUAUCCCAGGCCCUGUGGAUCGCUGCCACGGUUUAACACUAAGCUGUGUCGAAACAAAAUUUUUAAAAAAGAAGAGCGGAAGUGGAGGCUCCCUCCCCCUUCUGGUCCACGUAAGCUUCCAUGAAGCUUUGCUCGGGAGGGGACGAAAGAUGACGGACUGGCUCACGAGUGAAAGAGGAAAGGUCUUGAGAUGGCAUCAUUUUUAGAGCACGGUCUUGGGCGCCUUUGUGAUGGUUGCCAGGGCGAGGGGAUGAUUGCUGAGGCCCUGUUAGCACCCAGGCUCCUGCUGCUGGCGUGGAAAGCAACCUUCGGCGUGUGAAUCAACAACCCCGGAAGAUGAUCCAGUUUUUCCUUCCAGACGCGGUGGUUGGCAGGUGCAACCCACAGUCCAUCUUUUUCCCCAUCCACAUUUCAGACGUUAUCAUGCCUGGGUUUCAGCAUGGAAAAAAACACAGCCCACAAUAGUCCUGUGAAAAGCGAUCGGUUAAUGAUAAAUGUCCACUGGAUGACGUGAGCUUUACCCCCCUCUGCUAUUAAUGCUUGCGUUGUGCGGGCAAUGGAAAACAACAACCCCUUUCGCCUUUUCUGCAGGAUAAACAAGCAAUCCUCCGACUGAAGAUUUUUCUCUCCAGACCUAUCAUGAGGCUGGCCGUCCUUGGCUGAAAAUAAGGAAGGAUUCUUCUUUCUCUUUGGAAUGUCUGAGAUGUUAAAUAUAUUGAUAAUUCUGGCAACGGUGGUUCUGUGUCGUCCUUCUUCCUUCCUCAAAGCAAAAAAAAUUUCCUUAGGCAACUGCUUUUCUCUCAUCAGUGGAGCAGGGCUGGGGUUUCCUCCACUGCCAUUUAUUUGAGCUUAAAUCUCUUUCUAUUUUGGAUUUCUUUCUGGGACUCUGUGGAGGAUUCAGUGCCAGCAGUGCUGACAACCCUCCGGUGCCGUUUAAGCCCCUGAUCACGCUCUUUCGGAAACACCGUAAGGAAGAACGUGCUGUUCGCCGCAGAACAGGAGGGAAAUAGAAGGACGCCCUUGUGUAUCUUUUCGUUCACACCGUCAGAAGAACCGGUGCCUAUGAGCGAGCCGGUUCGCUCAAAUGUUGUGUUGGUUCAUUGCCUGUUUGUAUAAGAGGAGAAAACCAAAUGAAGGCCAAGGAACAUUCCCCCCCCCAAAAAAAAAAAUCAGAUAAAGGAAAUUAUAGGACAUGUGCUGUAUUCUGCCCCCUCCAGUGCUUUAUAUGAGCGCAUAUGAGUUCAUAAAUUGGUUUUAGCAGCUCA